AGCUCUCACAAAGGCCUGAGGACUUUGUCCCCCAAUUUCACAUGAGCUUGCUUGCUUCAAACUACUGAGAUGAAGGGGGCCAGAUUAUUUGUCCUGCUUUCUAGUUUAUGGAGCGGGGGCAUUGGGCUUCAUAACAGUAGGCAUUCUUGGACUACACCUGUGGGUGAAAACUUCCAGAAGACUAGGACCUCUGCUUUAGUUUCUCCAAAUGAAACACCACGUUUCCAAACGCUGCCCAGCACUCAGAUCACGUCUGCUGAUGAAACUACAACUCCUGAGGCAAGAACUUCUGAAGAAAGUCUUCUAAAAUCAACACUACCCCUCUCAGAGACGAGCGGACCUUCCAAGGUGAGGGACCAAACCAUCACACCCACAAGGAAGAUGGGAGAAGAAGAAGUGGUAAAGUUACCAAGCCUUGCCCUCCCUACCAACUCUACCAUCAAGGUCAGUCCCAGAGAAGAGUCUGUUGUCCUCUCCAACGCCACACUGAACUUUCUUCAGAGCUUUGCCCAAAAGUCAAGUCAACAAGCAAUCCCUCCAAACUCAGUCGGCGGCCUGGGGAAUCGAUCCCCCCGGGAAACGUACCUCACCAGAGGUGACAGCCGUCCAAGCCAAACAACUGACUUCCAAAAGCCAAGUUUUGAAACAACGAGAGGAAAGAACUGGUGUGCUUAUGUACAUACCAGGUUAUCUCCCACGGUGAUGCUGGACAACCAGGUCACUUACAUUCCAGGUGGCAGAGGAUCCUGUGGUUGGACUGGUGGAUCCUGUCCUCAGAGAUCUCAGAAGAUAUCAAAUCCUGUGUACAGGAUGCAACAUAAAAUCGUCACCUCAUUGGAUUGGAGGUGCUGUCCUGGAUACAGUGGGCCUAAGUGUCAGCCCAAAGGCCAGGAACAGCAGCAACUGAUACACACCAACCAGGCUGAAAGUCACGCAGCUAUUGGCAGAGGGUCAGCAGAGCAGCAGCGGCCACAAGACUGCAGUGACCCAGCAGUGAUACAAAAAAUGACUGACCAGAUGAACUACCAGGCGACAAAACUGACCGUUCUGCAGAAGAAGAUUGAUAACAUUUCCCUGGAUGUAAAUGAUAUAAGGAACACUUACACCUCCCUAGAAGGGAAAAUUAGUGAAGAUAAAGGCAGAGAAUUUCAAUCUUUUCUAAAAGGUCUAAAAUCCAAAAGCAUUAAUGAGCUGGUGAAGGACAUAGUAAGAGAACAAUUUAAAAUAUUUCAAACUGACAUGCAAGAGACAGUAGCACAGCUCUUCAAGACUGUGUCACGUCUAUCGCAGGACCUCGAGAACACCAGGCAAAUAAUUCAAACAGUCAAUGAAUCCGUGGUUUCAAUAGCAAUCCAGCAAAAGUCCGUCUUAAUGCAAGGAAAGAGGCCCACUUUGACUGAUAUAGUAGAUCUAAGGAAUCACAUCGUGAAUAUAAGGCAAGACAUGACUGCAACGUGUGAGAAACCGGUGAAAGAACUGGAGGAAAAGCAGUCUCAUUUAGAAAGUGCUUUACAACAGGAACGCACAAGAAACCUUCUGUAUUACGAAUCCUUCAAUAGAACUCUUUCUAAAAUGAAGGAAGUACACAAGCAGCUUUUAUCAACCGAAAAAGUAUCAGGGCAAAAGAAUGUUUCGGCCGUCCAGUCAUCUACCGAUAACGUCACGGAGUACCUGUCCACUCUCCAGGAGAAUAUGAAGGCGCAGGGUGUGAUGCUGCUGCAGGUGAUUGAUGAUUUGCACAUCCAAGACAGCAAGAUCAACAAUCUCACCAUGGCUUUGGACAUGGAGAAAGCCUCGGUCAGGGAUGAAUGUGAAGCCAUGCUAUCCAAGUGCAGAAAUGAUUUCAAAUUUCAACUCAAGGACACAGAAGAGAAUGUGCAUGUGUUAAAUCAGACACUAGCUGAGAUUCUCUUUCCAAUGGACAAUAAGAUGGAUAAAAUGAGUGAGCAACUAAAUGAUUUGACUUAUGAUAUGGAGAUUCUUCAGCCCUUGCUGGAGCAGGGAGCAGCAUCCUUGAGACAGAUAACAACACAUGGACAAUCAAAGGAAGAAGCAGUCACAAGGAAAAAGUUGGAAACUCUGGCCAUUGCUGUCAGUAGUCUAAAUUUGCUUAUUAAAGAACUUACGAAAAGACACAACUUACUUAGAAAUGAAGUUCAGAGUCAUGGUGAUAGCUUAGAAAGACGUAUCAAGGAGAAUGCCUUAGAAAUGGAAGAUGGCCUUAAUAAGACAAUGACAAUUAUAAAUAAUGCUAUUGAUUUCAUUCAAGAUAACUAUGUGCUAAAAGAGACUAUAAAUUCUAUUAAGUAUACUCCCGAAGCCCAUCAAAAAUGUACCACAGAUAUGGAAACUAUUUUGACAUUUAUUUCUCAAUUCCAGCGUUUGAACGAUUCUAUUCAGAUUUUAGUCAAUGAUAAUCAGAGAUAUGACUUUGUUUUGCAAGUUGCCAAGGCUCUGGCAGAUAUUCCUAAAGAUAAGAAACUGAGUCAGACCAGCUUUCAAAAGAUUUAUGAAACGUUCAAUGAAACCACUUCUCAAGUGAGAAAAUACCAGCAAAAUAUGAGUCGUUUGGAAGAACAGUUACUCUUAGCCAGUGAGAUUUCUAAAAAGUUUGAGACUCGGUUGCAAGGCAUUGAGUCUAAAGUGACCCAGACACUCAUACCUUAUUAUAUUUCACUUAAAAAAGAUAAUGCUGCUACAAAUGAGAGAAAUCAGGCUCUUCAACUGCAGGUGUUAAAUUCCAGAUUUAAGGCAUUGGAAGCAAAAUCCAUCUAUCUUUCAAUUAACUUCUCUUUGCUUAACAAAACUCUCUAUGAAGUUUUAAGAACAUGUCACAAUGCUUCUACAAGUGUUUCAGAACUGAAUGCUACCAUACCUAAGUGGGUAAAGGGUUCCUUGCUAGAUAUUCAGCUUCUUCAGAAAGGGCUGACAGAAGUUGUGGAACCAAUCAUUGAAAUAAAAACUCAAGCUGUCCUAUCUAAUUUAACCUGGUAUAUAGACCAAUCGUUAUCUGGUUACCUGGCAAAUGUUGUCAAGUCUCAGAAGCAAGUAAAAUCAUUGCUCAAGAAACCUAAUACACUCAAGAAACCAAUAGUGAAUGUCACCACCAUUCUGGUAGGCCGAACUCAAAGGAACACAGACAAUAUUAUAUAUCCUGUAACAGAGGAGUAUUCAGGCUGUAGUAGGUUCCCAUGCCAGAACGGGGGCACGUGUAUAAAUGGAAGAGCUAGCUUUACCUGUGCCUGCCGGCAUCCUUUUACGGGUGACAACUGCACUAUCAAGCUGGUGGAAGAAAAUGCUUUAGCUCCAGAUUUUUCCAAAGGAUCUUACAGAUACGCACCGAUGGUGGCCUUUUUUACAUCUCAUACAUAUGGAAUGACUACGCCUGGUCCUAUCCGGUUUAAUAAUUUGGAUAUCAAUUAUGGAGCAUCGUAUACCCCAAGAACGGGAAAAUUCAGAGUUCCGUAUCUUGGAGUGUAUGUUUUCAAGUAUACCAUUGAGUCCUUUAGUGCUCAUAUAUCUGGAUUUUUAGUGGUGGAUGGAAAAGACAAGCUUGCAUUUGAAUCUGAGAGUUUUAACAGUGAAGUACACUGUGAUCGGGUUGUGACUGGGGAUGCCUUAUUAGAAUUAAAUUAUGGGCAGGAAGUCUGGUUGCGACUUGUAAAAGGGACAAUUCCCGCCAAGUUUCCCCCAGCUACCACAUUUAGUGGCUACUUGUUAUAUCGUACGUGAGUUAGUAUGAAAGCCAGACUAGCACCUUUACUGAGAAGCAGCCAGUGUUUUCUUUUCUCUGCAUUCACAUCUGCUCCGAUUUGGUUUUUCUACAUAAAAUGAAAACCAAACCAACUUCCUUUAUAAUCUGAUAGAGUUGUAUGUGUAUCUCCUAAAAUUAUGUGAAUAUCUUUCGAUUAGCCUGUCUAUGAAGGAGUUCUUUUUGCUCCUAAGGAAAUGUAGUGUCACAGAAAAGUGAAAUUGUUAGUGUAACAACUCUAUUUUUGUUCCUUUAUUUUAAGUCAUUUCAAUGUAAUGUAAUAUUAUAAAAUGGCAAUCAUACAGUAUUAUCACAAUAUUAUUUUCAAUAGAGCACAAGUGUCAUUAUCCCUGGGUACAUAAAUAAAUAACAUACAUUUCCUAGACUCACAAAUUCAAAUAAAUCACUUACUCGAACACUGAAAAAUACUUUUUUAAACUUUUAUUAUACCUUUUUUGCUCUUGAAUUGCUUCACUUUACAUACUAAAAUUUUCAUUUGGAAUAAAAAUUAAGAAAGUUGAAUUAAAAAUUUGAAAUAUACUUAACUAUUGUUCUUUUACUGUGGUUAGAGGAUAAAGUAGAAAUCAAUAGUUAGUUUUGAAGAUUUACACUCGGGUCUAAAGGUAUGUAAGCAGAUCCAUCAUAUAACACCUACAGGGAGAAAAACACAACCUUUUUCUAAUAAGUAUUCUUCUAUGGCAUGCCAAUCAGCCCCUAUUCUCACAAGGGCUACGUACUCAUCUGUGUAAUGUGCAAUUUAUAGGAUGUUCACUGUGCUCUGCUCUUUUCUAUGCAGUUUACAUGUGACGUCUCAUUUCUCACUAUACCUCUUACAAGGUGGGUAUUAUUACCAUUAUUUUUAUAAUGAAAAAACAAAGACACAGAGAGGUUAAGGAGUGGACCAAGGUGCCCAGCCUGUGAGGACCAUGGCAUGAUUGGAAACAGGUGGUAUCUUCUCCAGAGCACACAUCCAUCUUGGUGCUAUAUUGCCUCCCACAGAUACAUGAAGAUUAAUUUAAUCCCUUAUCAAUGGACAUUGAAGUUAUCUCCAAUUUUUUAUUAUAACAAUAUUAAUGUAGUAAAUAUUCUUAAAAAUACAAUUAUCUAUAUGACAAAGUAUUGCUCAAAAAUAAAUUCUAAUAAGUUGCAAUAAAACUAAUAACAAAAAAUCUUGAUAUGACAAGGAUUUUUUAUGAAUUAGUGUGUUUAAUGCUCACUAU